AAGACACGACUUCUGCGUUUCCCUUUUUCUUCCUUUCCUAACUUCUUGAGGAUAGAAAACAACAAUCACUUUCCCUAUCCUUCUUCCUGAUUACUCUCGAUGAAUCAUGGUGAUUGAUCCCUUUUCUUUUUUUUUUUUUUUCGCAUCCAACACGAACCUAGACUCCUUAGCAUAUCCAUACAAAGCAAUCAAAUUUACUCCAUACCUUACGAGACUUCCUAACAUUAUAAAACUGAACCGCUCUCCAUUGUUUUACCUCAUAUCACUUUCAAAAACUCUCACCCACUCUCUUGUUAAUUUACGGCUACCGAAGUUAGGAGUUCCAGAAACCUUCAGUCGCCGGAACCUUCGAGACUCCGCCGGAGGACGGAGAAGAUGACCGGAGACCCACGGCAUUCCUUUACGUGUUCGUGUGUCGACAUCCGAGACCUUCGCCGGAACCGGGUUUGCGUCAGGCUUAACUGUUUGGCCACGUUUCGCGCAUGUCUCCUUUCCACUCAAUUAACGUUACGCCUACAAGAUGAAGCCGAGACCAGAACAAGUACCGACGCCGGAGUCUACGGAGACCCCGACGGAGUCUCGUUUAUGAACGUAUGUAAACGAGGAAUGAAACCAAACGGAGUUUACGUCGGAUCCGACCCUUCAAUGCUUCGGAUAAUAACUCUUUUUGGUUCGUUUGGAAAUUCUCCGUCCUUGCUCGUGCGUUACUUACAAGAAACCGCAAACGCAACCAAUACGCAGUGAUCAAGAAAACAAGCUAGGAUGAACUUAGAAACCCAUUUUAGCAAUUAAUUAAUGUUUGGAUUUAUGUUUGAAUAUUUGAGACUUUGUACUACUUUUCUAGUUUUAAUAAAAUGAUUUAAUUCAUAUUGUCACAAUUAGUGUUAUGUUGUUUUGAGCAAUUUGUUCGUCUCAUCUCGAUGUUUCCGCCAUCGGUUGGGGUGUGACAUGUCCCACUGAGUAAACCCCGUUUACUCAGGCGUACGUUUGCCUUCUUAUGCACGUUAGGUUGCAAGGAUUGUCUGGAAGACUUGGAUGGAUGGUUCGAGGGAAUAAAGACGCACAUGGAUUUUCAUAAGAUUUUAAAAUCUUUUGAUCAUUAUUUUUGACUUAUUUGAAAUAAUAUAAAGUUUUACUAUUUAUGGAAUGAAGUUUUGACCUC